UAUUGAAGUCUUAUGCCAAAAGUUGCCUUUUUCCCCAAGUUUUACGAACUUCCUUUAUAUAUAAGACAAAAGGUAGAAAGAGUUGUCAACGCUGUCGGUAUCAGUCAAGUGGUUGAAAGAUGUGAAGAGUUUUGUGAGCAACCCUUGGAAAAGCCUUGUGAAAGAAACCUUUUUUGCUGGCACCAGUUGCUGGAGUUUUUAGACUCUAUUAUUGAGAAAUAUGUAAAAGUUGUCACAGAUGUCUUCAUAACUUCUGUUAGUCAGUCUGUUUCCAGGGAAAGAAUAUUACAAGAUGUGAGUUUCCUGGAAGACGAAGCCAACGUGACUGAGUUGAUUGCAGUACUUGGGACGACGCUUCACUUGGUAGAGUCAGCCUCGGUGGAAACAAGGUUUGCAUAUAGUUCGAUCAAGUCUUUGGCAAACUUAUUGUUACAUCCCAACUUGCAAGUUUGUUUUUUAUGUCUGGAAAUUAUUCAUUCAGUUUUAAGAAGCCGUGCCAAGUACCGUGUUCUCAAGUUUUAUUGUGAGGAUAAUCGCACGUUCCUUGAAAGGGUUUCGACUUUAUCAGAAAUAUGGUUCAAAAGAGGAGGUUUAAAACUUUUUUAUCAGAUUUUGCAAGGAGAUUAUAGAGUAGAGAAGUUUUUGUUUCCAGAAAGAGAAGAUUUUUUGUAUUUGAGUUCAUCUCAUUCUACAGAAGAUUCACUAGAAGAUUCCGAAAGUGAUAGAGAAGAAGCUUCUUAUUUGGAACAAAGAAAGAUAUCUACAAGUAGUGCUCUACUUGAAGUGAGUGAUAAUUCGAAGAGCAGAUUAUUGUUGUUGGUCGAAUGGUUGAUUCGAAAUGAAGCCGAUAAGAAGCAAAUAUUUGAAUUGGUUUGGAAUAUUCGUAUAUGCAAUGAAAUUUCAAGUCUUCAUUGGGACAAUAUAUAUCGUUUGCUUCUUAUUUGUUUAAGAGUGAGUGUCAUUGCUGUUCUUAGUGAACGUAUUUUGCAUGAGUCUCGUAUUACUUCCUAUUUCAAUAAGGAACCCGCUUUAUUUGCAACGCUUGCAAAGAUUGCUGCAGGAGAAGUAUCUUUUUUGGAAGGGAAAGCUGAUUAUUUGCUUCAAAGAGUUUGUGUGGAAUGUUUCAGUUUAUGGAUUGAUCGCAAUUUUCAUGAAUCUAUUAUAUCUGCAUGUGGUAUGAGUAGUCAUCAAGGUUUAUUUCCAACUCUUAUUCGUAAAGAGAUUCAUUCAUUUGUUCGAAUGGAUCAGCUGUUGAUGGAAAAUAGUUGGAAUAUAUCUUCAUUGGUGGGAUGGAAAGAAAAGAAGUUGUUUGUAGAAUCACUCUUUCAUUUUAUGGAACGGUUAACGAAGAGUUGUUCAACUCCUUCAACAUUUCCUUUAAGUAACGCAGGAUUAUUUCCGAGCAUGUUGUUGAUCUUUUCUUCCACAGUUCCUUUAUUUUCUGAGACAGUUGCUCAAGCAGCUCGUACUUGGCUGACUGUUUUAGAACAUCAUAGCAACUUGAUCAGUGUUUUUAGGGAUUCCGGAGGUCUUAAUAUUGUAGCAGAGAGAGUAUUUAAGGAAGUUUGUGAAGACUCAGUUUGUGAUUCUCCACAAGAUGAUAUCCAAGCAGAGGAAUCCGUUUCAGAGUAUUUGAAUGAGAAUUCUGAAACGCAAAAAAUAGUUCGGACGACUAUUGCAUUUCGUGGCACAUUGCCUUUUGCUAGUUUUAUUGUAAUUCAUGAUUGUCUAAAGUUGUUUAUGAUUGGACAUGGAACGAGUGGAGGUAGAUAUACGCGAGAUAUUGCUUCUAACAAGUUUUGUAAAUGUCUUCGACGAAUGAUAGCUCGACCUGCUUAUUAUGGUGGAGAUAUUUUUGCAUUGGCUGGAAAGACAGUAUCUCAAAUAGCUCAUUCGGAACCAACAACAACCGGUUUUCUAAUUGAAGCAGGAAUAGCGGAUGCUCUAAUAGAAUCACUUGGGAGGGGAAUUCCUUGUUCCAAUAGUGCACUCAAAUCAAUACCCAAUCUUAUAUCUGCUCUUUGUUUGGUUCCUGCUGGUUUAGAAGAUACAACAUUCCAAUUGGAAGAUACAGCAGCAGAUAUCGGCUGCAACUUUGAAGAAUUGGUUCGUCAUGUACCAACCUUAAAAAAUGAAAUUGUAUCCGCAUUUACUACGUUUUUAAGUAAUUCUGUAAAAAUGAUUGCUAAGAAGAAGGACAAGGAGGAAACUUUUACUUUGGAAGAAUAUAGUGAUUCUGAAAAUGAAUUUGGUGGUGGUCCUUGUACGAUGCGUUUGGAUCAUCACGCUAUGAGCCAUUCUAAUGUGAGUCAUGUGGAAGGCAAUCACUCUGAAGAUAUUCGAGUAACUGCAGCUUGCGUAGCAGCAGAAUUGUUUGAAAACUUUGCAAAAGGAAAUAGGGAGAUACAAGCUGCAUUGAUGAGUCGCAAUUGCGUAUCUCAACUGUUAAGUUUACGUUUAGGUUUCGUAGAAUCGAGACAAUCAAGAAAAGUCAGUCCUUAUCUUUCAGGUCUUCAUUCUGUCGUCAAUGCUUUACAUCGUUUGGAAUCACGUCAUCAAGAAACUGUCUUUAAACAAUUAAUGAAAGUAUCGAAGGAAGACUUGGCACAAUUUCUAGAUUGUGGAGCUUCCUUAGGAGAUGUUUGGAUUGCAGAAGAAUGGACUGAAAAUGUUAUCACAACUUGUAGAGAAAGAAGAGCUCUGCAAAGGAAAUUAUUUGUAUUUGCCAGAAGAGUUUGUAUUGACUUGCAAAUUUUAACAUCGCUUGCAAAACAUUCCAAUUUUCCUUUAUCCGCUUGGAACUCUCAAAAUGCUUCCGCAUUUAUUUCGAGUGUUGCUUGGGCUGAAAGACUAACGAGAUAUCAUCUAUCACGUACAUUUGCAGAUGUUCAAAUAAGUGUGGCUUCUUCUGAUUCGGAUCUUUGUGACUUUAGUACUGCUCGAAUAACACAUGCUGCCCCUUUCUUGGAGAAACCAGUAGAUAUUAACUUUUUAAGAGAAGUCUGCAAAUCAUUAUAUCCAACUUGGGACCCUACUGGAGAUAAAAAGGCCAAAGAAGAGUACAAACUGAAAUCUAGUUUUCAGCCCUUUUUCUAUCCUCGCGACUCACUCAAGGGUUUGGCUUGGUCUCUUGCAACUUUUGUAGCAGCUGUACAACCACUUUAUACAGUUCUAUGUAAAAAGAUGAAUAGAAGUCAACGUUAUACUAUUCGAAGUUCUGAUGAUCUCUCAGAAAUAUCCAAGGCUGCCAAUUCUUUUGCCAAAGCUUUGGGUAGUGCAUUAUCAUUACAUAUUAUGGCAGCUAAAAGUUUAUUUUCUUGUAAAGUUGGCUCUCUUGUAGGAAAAGAAGAACCACAAUUGGACGAUGUUCUAUCGCAACUUCCUGCUUCAUGGACUUAUCUUAUCGGAAUACUUGGCGAAAUACGUGCAACCUUGUUUGAAGGAAUGAACUCUCGUAAUUCAGUUCCUUUUACUCCUUUAAUCGUUUCUUUUAUUGAAAAUGGAGGUAUACUUGCGUUAUUACAAGUGCUUCAACUUUCCAAUUGGACCAAAGAGAUGUUCACAAUGGACAAGAGACUUUAUCAACUCGUAAGCCAAGUGAGAGAAUCACUCAAUGGCUUGUUUUGUAUUUCUGAUCGUAAACAAGGAGAUUCGCUGAAACAUUUUCUUUUAGAUUCGCAAUCUUUGUUGAGAAGAUACAGCGUACACUCUUCGGCAGCUUUAGUAGCAUCCACUGUAUGUUUCAAUUUGUCUAGUGGAGUUCUUCAGUUGGUUCAUCUUUUGAUUACUCAUAGCGGUCGAAUACUCUCCGAUGCUGCCAACAACAAUCAUCGAGGAAAUCAUAAUGACCGAGACUAUCAUCCUAUCAUGAGAUGGAUGUUUUUGGAUAUUUUCAAGUUGCUUGGUUGGCUUUGUGGCUGUUUGAAUGAAAGCAAUAUUGGAAAUGAAUUGAAAAGUUAUCCUGCUUCGAGUAGAUUGAUGUUUGAUGAGUACAUUUAUAUUGUUUAUCUAUUUCAAGAGAUGAAGAAUCAGAUGCCUAGUUUGUUGAAAACUCAAGAAGAAUUUUCUAGGCAGCACAAUUCAGCUAGAAGAAUCAGAAAUCUUCGCAUUCAACAACGGUUUACGGAAAGUCCAUUGGUUGCACAAUUAGUAGAAAUGGGAUUUUCCAGAAGAAGAGCCAUUGAAGCUGUUCGACGUGCUAAUACGGAAAGAUUGGAAUAUGCAAUGGAAGUUCUUUUAUCAUUACCAGAAGAAGAAGAAGAAGAAGAGUCAACUAGUCAACCUAUUGAAGAAGAGGUACCAGAAUCCAGUGAAGGAGUAUCGCCACAAGAUAUGGAUGACUCUUCUAUGGAACCUUCCGAAUCGAUGUUUUCAUCAAGUUAUACAGAAGAGAAUAUUUCAUUGCAAGAAAGAUAUUUCCAGUGGAGUUGUAAAGUAGUUGCUGAGGAAAUGAGUCAAUUGCGAUCCUGUUUGAUAGGAACGAAACUCGGGGAAGAGAAAAUCGACACAAUGAUAUCGGAUACUUGUGCAGGGUUGGGCAUAUCGAUGGAGUUACAAGUUGACUUUGUUCCGGAAUGUCAAUGUUCGGCGGAAGAACUCAAAAGGAAGUUUCAAUUAUUUGGUGAGACUCUGAAAACUUGUUUCCAGGCAUUGUUGAGUGGCAAUUGUGGAGAAUAUUCAUCAUUUGUUUUCGUGAUGAUAUUACGAGCAUUGCGUACAAAAGAGGAAAACGAUGAAACGAUAGAAAGUGAGUAUAAAAUGUUGGCCAAUUGGACAGUGCAAUCUAUACAAAAGGAUAGUGAAGAAUGGAGUCAGGCAGAUUUGAUUGUUCUCAAAUGUGCCAUUUUGUGUACCCAACAUUUAGGAAAAAAGGCAAGACAAUGUUUUAUACAGCAAAAUGUUGCUUAUUAUGCGGCAUCGUUUAUUGAACAAGUUGCUUCUCCAUGGGAAUCAUUGCCAGUUGUUCAUUCUGAGAGUCGCCCAUCGGUCAUCCAAUCGACUGUCGGAGAAUGCCCGAUGAUUGAUAUGGGAUUACAAGAAGACAAGUUGUGUGCCUGUUUACUGUUAUUGAACAGUUUGUUGGCCUUUUAUUCCAAUGACAGAUUGUUGGAGGUCCAAGAUUGGAUAGAUAACGAACAACUUGCUGGCGAUUCUCAUCAACCAACCAGUAUAAUAGCAAAUAAUACUGUCCAUAUGGAGAAUCCUAUGGAAGCUGCGCAACCCAAGAUGGAUGCAUUGUUUCGUACGCUUGCCAAUCAAGUGGAUGAAGGAUCUUCAUUGUUGACAAAGGAAACAGAAGAAAUGGAUGAAAAGAAGAUUGAAGAACGAGUAGUUGAACAUAUUCUUGCAUCUUCUCGUAAUGUAUCUUCUCAAUGGACCACCAUGUUGCAGUUACCACAAGUCAAUUGUGAUCGCUUGAUGGAUGCUUGCAUAUCACUAUUACGUAUUCCUUGGCAUCAAAUGAAAAAUAAUGUACAUGAUACAACAGUACAAGGCUGUGUUCAGUUGCUUGCGGCGUUGACAGAAGAGGAAGUGAUGGUGAACCGAUUCAUAGAAAGAGGUGGUUUACAUGUUCUCUUUUCGAAAAAUGUUAUAAGAUGGAUUGCCGUGAAGGAGUCAGAUGAGUCCAAUUCGUUGCAAGUAUCUUCAUCAUUGUUCAGUUUUCGAGGACUGGUAAGAAAUCUUGUGCAGGAUGCCCAAGUUUUAGAAGAUGGAAUGAAAGAUUCCAUUCGAUAUAUUUUGAAGUCACGUUCUUUGGUCAACCCUAGCUUUCUGAUUGUUCAUUCGUUGCCCAUGAUUGCCAAGAAUCCUGUCGUUUAUUUGAAAGCAUUGGCAAGAAUGACUAGCGUGAAGAAAGUGGGCAAUGGCUACAAGUUGGAAUUAUCUCAGACAGCAACUACACAAGAUGCUUUGCAAUUCCGUGAUACCUAUUCCAUUUCUUUUCGAUUGAGACAAGUAUUGCAACAUUUGUGGGAGUUGUUGGAGCCGAAGAAUCAAGUGGAUGAAGAAGAGUGGGAUAAGACUUGGGCUCACAAGUACGAUUGGAGUGUCGAAGCAGUUCAUCCAGCGUGUUGUAAAACAAUGUUUUAUGUAUUACAUGAUUUGGUGGAUACUUUUCCUUGUGUAGCUCAAGCGGUAAUUGUUUUAAGUCAACACAAAACACCUUCCUGGAUUGCAACGAUCAUUGAACAUUAUAUCGGUUGGAAUAGAAAGGAAGGAUCUACUGGAAGUGUAGGAUAUGCAGCCAGUUUGUUUCUGUUAUCGUUGUUGGAUCGAGAAGAAGAAGCAAUCGUUGCACAAAUGGUGGAAGUUGUGGGUCAUUGGUUAUUUAAAGAGAUGCAACAUCCAAGAGUGGAGAAAGUAGCGGGUAUUUGUCGUUUGGUGAGUGCAGUUCAACGUUUGAAAGUGCGAUAUAAGUUGAUAUCCGA